AUGAGUGCUGAACUGGCAAACUACAAGAGACUAGAGAAAGUUGGUGAAGGUACGUAUGGUGUUGUGUACAAAGCGCUGGAUCUUCGCCAGGGCCAGAGGGUGGUCGCCCUGAAAAAAAUCAGGCUUGAAAGUGAAGAUGAAGGUGUCCCCAGCACAGCCAUCAGGGAAAUAUCCCUCUUAAAGGAGUUGAAGGAUGAUAACAUUGUGCGUUUGUACGACAUUGUCCACUCGGAUGCACACAAGCUAUAUUUAGUUUUCGAGUUCUUGGAUCUUGAUUUGAAAAGAUAUAUGGAGGCCAUACCAAAGGACCAGCACUUGGGCAGCAACGUUGUGAAGAAGUUUAUGAUGCAAUUGUGCAAAGGUAUAGCCUAUUGCCAUGCCCACAGAAUUUUGCACCGUGACUUGAAGCCUCAGAACCUGUUGAUUAAUAAAGAGGGUAAUUUGAAGUUGGGUGACUUUGGGCUUGCAAGAGCGUUUGGGGUGCCCCUAAGAGCGUAUACACAUGAGAUUGUUACUUUGUGGUACAGAGCUCCAGAGGUGUUGUUGGGCGGUAAGCAAUAUAGUACAGGUGUCGAUACAUGGUCAAUUGGUUGUAUAUUUGCCGAGAUGUGCAACAGAAAGCCAUUAUUCAGCGGUGACAGUGAGAUUGACCAGAUUUUCAAGAUUUUCAGAAUAUUAGGGACGCCAAAUGAAACCGUUUGGCCCGAUAUCGUUUACUUGCCGGACUUCAAACCAAGUUUCCCGCAAUGGCGCCGAAAGGACCUUGCCCAAAUGGUUCCAAGUUUAGACGCUCAUGGAAUCGAAUUGCUGGACAAGCUACUAGCUUAUGACCCAAUCAAUCGGAUUAGUGCAAGGCGUGCCACGAUGCAUCCGUACUUCCAGGAUGUCUAG